AUGGCAGCCAACAGUUUCCAGCUUUGUACAGAGGAGGAGCUCCGGCAGAUUGAUCCGCCGCUGUCAUCGAUAGAGUCCCUCCACCUCAGGGAUGAAGCCGUGGUCAUGAAUGAGAACGCUACACGCACGGGGGAUAAUCCUGACCCUUAUCCUAUGGCUCCUGUGAUGAUGUCAUCACUGCUUGACCAAUCACAUCAGAAGGCAGACGUGCCCACGGCUUCAAGGGCUGAGCCUCCACCAGCAGAUGAAGAGCUCCCGCUGGUAGAGGAGGGUCAGAGCAGCGCUGCGGUGCAUUCUGGCAGACGGGCCGACUUCCAGCAGGACCUCUCUUUGCACGUUGGAGAAGAGGAUGGGACCCUUGCUCUAAAAAGCAACAUCAGCAAGAAAGGAGAUUUUCAAUUGGAAGGCAAUUCAACUAAAGCGAUGGCAGCCUAUGACUGCAGUGCUGACGACCAGCUGGCCAACGCAGAGUGGUUCUGGGGCAACAUCAGCAGAGAAGAAGUCAAUGAAAUGAUGAGAAACACCCCAGAUGGCACAUUUCUGGUCCGAGACUCCUCAAGUGGGAUUAAAGGGGAAUACACUCUGACAUUACGAAAAGACGGCUACAACAGGCUAAUAAAAAUCUUCCAUCGUGAGGGGAAGUGCGGCUUCUCGGAGCCUCUGACUUUCCCUUCAGUGGUGGAGCUCAUUCAGUACUAUCAGAAGAGGUCUCUGGCCCAGUACAACUCCAAACUGGACACGCAGCUGCUCUACCCACUGUCCAGACACCAGCAGCAGCAAGCUGUGAUGGAGGUGGACAUUGAUGCGGCUGGAGAACAGCUGAAGAUGUUUCAGGAUCGAUACAAAGAGAAGAGUCGAGAGUACGACCGCCUCUUUGAGGAACUGAACCAAACCUCCCAGGAACUCCAGAGCAAGCGGACAGCAAUUGAGGCAUUCAGUGAAAUCAUUCGGAUAUUUGAAGAGGAGUGCAAUACUCAGGAGCGCUUCAGCAAGGAAUACAUCGACAUGUUCCUCACGUUAGACAGCAGCACAAAAAAUGACAAGAUUCAGAGUAACUCGGACGAACUGCAGCUGAGGGUGGAAGAGAUCCACAACAGCAAGAAGAAGUUGGAAGAGGAGCUGAGGAAGAAGGCUGUGACUCACAUGGAGGUGGACAGGAAGCUGAGCACCCUAAAGCCGGACCUUGUGCAGCUCAGGAGGAUCAGAGAUCAGUACCUGCUCUGGCUCACUCAGCAAGGCACCCGGCAGAGCCAGAUUGACGAAUGGAUGGGUUUGAGGGACGAGGAAGAAGACCCCUACACCCUGGAGGAUGAAAUGCACCAGGAGGAGAGGAGCUGGUAUGUUGGCAGCAUGAGACGCAAAGAGGCAGAGGAGCUGCUCAGAGGGAGGAGGGACGGGACAUUCCUAAUCAGAGACAGUCAGACCCAGAGAGGCUCCUUCGCCUGCUCUGUUGUAGUGGACGGGGACGUGAAACACUGUGUGAUCUACCGGACGUCCACAGGAUACGGCUUCGCCGAGCCCUACAACCUGUACUCAUCGCUCAGGGAGCUCGUCCUCCACUACAGACACACAUCCCUGAUCCAGCAUAACCAGCAGCUGAAUGUAACCCUGGCCUGGCCCGCUCUCAGCCAGCAGCCCAGCUGA